GUCAAUGCUAAUGUCAGCAACAUCUGGGAGCUAUGUGCAUUUCUAACGAACCGAUAUAGCGUAGAGUCCUGGACUACAUGUUGUCAACCACGAGUGUAAUUCGACUUCACUUAGCUCCCGUUUCGAGCAAGAUCUCACUUCCACCUUGCUACUUCCUGCACAAAGCAGCUACAACAAGUCUUCAACCUCGACAACAUCAUUCUGCAGCACCUCCCACAAUCUCAACGCCAACAAGACCACCCCAUCGGCCACUCCAAUUACCAAACAAAUCACUUCGAAGCGAAACUCUCAAGAUGUCCACCUCCACCUCCGGCAUCGACUCCACCCCACCAACUUUCCCCCCACCAUCUCUCAAACCCCUCGUCGAAGAAAUCGCCCACCUCCUCACAACCCGUAAAGAAAGCAUCUCCAUCGCCGAAACCGCCGCCGGAGGCCUCCUCUCCUCCUCCCUCCUCUCCUACCCGGGCGCCUCAAAAUUCUACAAAGGCGGUCUAACCCUCUACACCCUCCCCUCGCGAAUCGCCUACGCAGGCUGGACUCAAGAAACAAUAAAAGAUUACCGCGGCCCCACAACCGAUAUCGUUUCGGGACUCGCGCAACAUGUGCGGAAAGAUUUGGAGAGUACUUAUACGUUAAGUGAGAGUGGGACGGCGGGGCCUACGGGGGGUGAGACGAGGAAUCGGACGCCCGGGUAUGUGGCUCUUGCGGUGGAUUGUGAGAGGGGGACGUUUACGAGGGAGGUGGAGACGGGGUUGGGAGGGGAUCGGGUGGGGAAUAUGGUGAGGUUUGCGGAGGAGGGGUUGAAGUUAUUAAAAGAGGUUAUUGUGGGGGAGAGUACGAGGGGGGCGUAUGGAGGGAAGGGGUUUGUUAGUAAGAGUUUGAUGGGGGAGGGGAAGGAGAGUAAGGCGUAGCGUGUCGAUAUGCGGGAGCUGGGUAUCGCCGUGAUCUGUUAGAGAUGUUCUCAGAGGGGCGGAUGGGAGC